CAGGGAGGUGAGUGCCGGGCUGCCUGUCUUUUCGCUUCCCUUCGCCUGAUCCCUCCCAAAUUUUCAUCCAGUCCGACCACGGUGGGGAGUCAAGAAUGGGUCCUGCUCUCCACGGCCUGGAGAGACUGUGUAACGGAUCACUGUGAGCAGCCUUAGAGCGUCUGGGAGAACCUGGAUCAGCCAAGAAGUUCUUCGGGAAGCGGCGCUGGGAAUUCCUCGCUCCUCACCAGCCCCUUCUCUCACUGGUGAAUGAGCUGUCCGCUGAGCCGCUACCCUGGCGUCGUAUGUUCUCCUCUCGACGUUCGUCCGCCGUCCGGAGACUGUGGAGGAACCGCUGCGUGGCGGCCGGGCAGAAUGAGGAGCCGCCGGCCUCGCUGAAGCCGAUCACCCACUCGCUGUUCAAGAGGCUGCGGGACGACCAGUUGGAGCUGCUGGCUCGGGCGGUGGAAGCCGGGGGAGCCGAGGAGCGCAUCGGCUGCGUCUUCCUGCCCCGGGGCGAGGUGAACUGCUGGCCCCAGGUGCUGACCUGCAAACUCUUCCGCUGGCCCGACCUGAAGCACCCGCACCAGCUCAAGCGCCUGUGCAUCUGCGAGUGUUCGCGGAGGGCGGCGGAGGAGGCGGGUGUAGUGUGCUGCAACCCCUACCACUUCGGCCGGCUGUGUGAACCAGAAACUCCUCCGCCACCUUACUCCAAGCUGUCUCCAAGCAAAAACCAGAACAACAUUGAUGAUUUCCUGGAACACAAAUUAACUCAUGAUCACAGGGCGAUUGAGCCUUCCAACAACACGAGUGAGAUAUGGCCAGAUUUUGGCGUGUCUCCAUACCUGCCCAGAGAGGGGCACUGGUGCAGUGUGGCGUAUUGGGAGCACAGGACCAGAGUGGGCCGUCUCUACGCGGUCCACGAGCCUUCGGUGGGCGUUUUCUGCGACCUGCCCCGCGGCAACGGCUUCUGCCUGGGCCAGCUGCACGUGGCGAAUCGCCACGAGAUGGUGAGGCGGACGCGGGGCAAGAUCGGCGGCGGGGUUCUGCUGAGCAGGGAGCGGGACGGGGUCUGGGUCUACAACCGCAGCCAGCACCCCGUCUUCGUCAACUCCCCCACCCUGGGCCUUCCCAGCUCCCGCCUGCUGUCUGUCCACAAGGUGCUGCCCGGCUACUCCGUCAAAGUCUUCGACUACGCCAAGUCGUGUGCCUUGCAGCGGGCGGCCGCCCCCCCUGAUCUUUCCGACGGCCCCUACGAUCCCAACAGUGUCCGGAUAAGCUUCGCGAAAGGCUGGGGCCCCUGCUAUUCCAGGCAGUUCAUCACUUCGUGCCCCUGCUGGUUGGAGAUACUGCUGAACCACUCUUGAAGGAUUGUCCUCCUUGCUGAUAGGAAUCCUUCCCUCUCCCUCCUCCCACCUCCUUGCCACCUUUUUGCCUCUUGCUGUUCCUGGUGAGGCCAGUUGGAACCUUGCUGGACUUUGCUGGUUCCGGGGGUUGGUGCUGGGGGAGAUUACCCUGCUAGUGACCUCCUCCUCUGCCAGCUCCCCACUGUCCUUUCUGGUUUCCCUCCAACCUCCCCGAACAAUCUGCCCUCAGCUUCAAGCCCCCUCCCCCUUCCCCAACCCCCCCACACCUUGCCGCACUUCCCGUCCUCGGGCCGAGGACCCAUCGUAAUGUCGAGUUGCCUGGUGAGGAUCGUUUUGGAUGUUGAUCUCUCCCUUUCUGCCAGCUCCCUCUGCACCACGAACCCACUAUUGAGCAUCAGGCCACAAUUCCUCAAGAGCUCUUCAGUCCAGCCUCGCUCUCCCACCUCCUCCAGCUCCAGGAUUCCUGGUAGACCCUUCGUUUUGGGCUGUUUCUCUCCUGCAGGUUUGCCUCCUUCCUAACAUGACCACCCCCUCCCCCAGCCUGUUCGUCUUUCCUGUAGAACCCCACCAGAUUUCGUGGUGGUUCGCGUACUAAUGGCCUCUGCACAUGCUGUGCGCAGUUCUGGUCACUACAGGAAGGAAGAGACUACGCUGGAGAGGGUGCGGAGGAGAUACCCCAGCGCGGGGCCUGGGAUGGAGUGUUUCCAUUAUGAGGAGAGGCUGGAGGUUGAGGGGGGGGGAUCUGAUAGGUGUACAGAAUUGUGGGGGGAUGGUGGUGGUAGAUAAUAAGAAUCUUUCCCACUUGGUGCAAGUGUCUAGGACAAAGAGGGCAUGGUUUAAGGCGAGAGGUAGGAGAUUUGGACGGGAUCUGAGGGUGAUUUUUCUUUCUCCUGGGGGGGGGGGGGGGUUGGAAUCUGGAACGCACUGCCUGAGGGGGCCUUGGAGGCAGAGACACAGCAUUUAAGAAGCAUCGGAACAGGCUCUUGAAUCGCCAAGGUCUAGAAGGCUAUGGACUCAACACGGGUGAUGGGAUUAGUGCAGAGAGCUACAGUGGUCAGCACGGAAAUAGUGGGCAACUAUGACACAACUGAGUAUCUUCUCUCUGCGUGUACUUUCAAAAUCCUUUCCAAUAGAUUUUAAAGAUCGCCAAGUUUGCAGGGAAGAAGGAUCCCCAUCCGUAAAUGAGAGUUUUUACUCUUCAGUGUCAUCUUGCGAAUGGAUUUAUUUCAGUGGUAGGAGAGGUGAAUAAAUCUUAACUUUUUUUCCUUCCCUUGGACCCCCCCCCACCCCCUUUCAAAUCCCACCUUGGGGGUUCCUUGUGUUUGUAAAAGUGUGCACACACUGUGUCGGAGUCCCUGCCUGCACUGCGAUGUCCUCGUUGGGCUUCGUGCGUUGUUGAGGCAAGAGUGGUGCAGCGGGCAGAGCUGUCGCUUCACAGCUCCAGAGACCUGGGUUUGAUCCCGACCUCCGGUGCUGUGUGUGUGUGGAGCUUGCACGUUCUCCCUGUAACCGCGUGGGUUUGGGUUUCCACCCGGGUGCUCCAGUUCCUUCCCACACCCCAACAACGUGCGGGGUGGGUGGGUUAAUUGGCCCCUUAGUGUGUGGGUGAGGGGUAGCAUCUGGGGAGGGGGAGGGAUGUGAGAAUGGGUUGAGAGGAACGUGAGGAGGAUAAAAUGGGAUGUGUGUAAAUGGGUGAUGGAUGGUUGGCAGAUACUUGAUGGGCCAGAGUGCUUGGAUAUGAUGUGUUGGAGCAGUGAAUACCUUGGCAUGAUUUGUCAAGGGAGGGUAGUGAGCUUGAGGAUGGAAAAAUGUCUGAUUAAACCCUUUCUUGUAUCGAAGUGAGGCAAAAUAUUUUAAUCGCAACCCAACGCUUGCCUGCGUCCUAGUUUGGGGGAAGUCUUGCUGCCCAGAAGAGUUCCAGUUGAACUCUUGAGUAAGGGGUGUGUGCCCGUUCUCAUUCUCCACAUUUGCACCCCUUUCUUUCCACCUCCCGCCCCCCCAAGGGCUGUUGUCUACCCAGGCAAAGGACUUCUAAAUGGGGAUGUCCAACAGCUGGGAAUUAUGCAGACUGAUGUGUGUAAAAUCCUGAGGGGCAUUGAUAGGGUGAACGCACUCAGUCUUUUUCCCAGGGUUGGGAAAUCGAGAACUAGAGGUUGUGGAUUUAAGGUGAGAGGGGAGAGAGAUUUAAUAGGAACUUGAGGGGCAACAAAGGGUGGUGGGUAUGUGGAACGAGCUGCCAGAGGAGGUGGUUGAGGCAGGUACAUGAACAACAUUUAAAAGACAGUUGGACAGGAACAUGGAUGGGAGAGGUUUGGAAGGUUAUGGGCCACACGUGGGCAAAUGGGACUAGCUUGGAUGGGAGUCUUGGUCGGCAUGGAUGAAUUGGACCAAAGGGCCUAUUUCUGUGCUGUAUGACUCUAUAAUGGGAGGGUGGGGUGGUGCAGCAGGUAGAGCAACUGCCUCGCAGCCCUGGAGACCCGGGUUCGAUCCCGACUUCCAGCAUUGUCUGUGUCCGUGUGUGGAGUUUGCACGUUCUGUGACCCUGUGGGUUUCCCUCAGGUGCUCUGGUUUCCUCCUGCAUUCCAAAGAUGUGUGGGUUGGUGGGCUAGUUGGUCACUGUAAGUUGGCCCCCUAGUGUGUGGGUGAGGGGUGGGAGUAGUGGCAGGGGGUUGACAGGCAUGCGAGAGAGAACAGGUUGCAGGUAAAGUAAGUGGGGAUUGUGGUUGCUUUGAGUGUUGGCAUAGAACUGAUGGACUGAAUGGCCUUGUGUUGUAAGGAUAUACAAUAGUCAAUGAGGAAAUCUGUGUUUUGGCUGCUGUUGUGAAUUGCAAGACAAACAGUUAGUGGGAUCUGCUUGUGCACAAGUGACAGGCCUGUAUGUGCACUACCAGAGUUGUAUCAGUAUAUCUACCACUGGCUGUCCCUCAUUACACUGUACAAGACAUGGGCAACCUUUCGCCCUAACCCCCCCCCCCCCCCACACACACACCAGUUCAUUGAAGGGGAGUGGACUGGCAUGUCUUGAGGGAGAAGUUGUUGCAGGAGCACAGGGAAAUGAGGAGAGAUGGUACUACUCUGGGAACCAGCAGGGACCCUGGGGCCAUAUCACACUCCUCCUGGGUUAUAGGACACAAGCAUACAGUACCUGCUGACCAAAUGACUGGCUUUGCGAGUGAUGGACUUGCGAUUUCACUUGGAAAUGCAAUGGAAAAGGAUUUGAGAUUAACCUUUGAAUUGACCUUUGGAGGGCUGUAGAGGAACACAGGAGACUAUCAAAGAGCUAGUAUGGGCCCGAUAGCUCCACGUUCUUGACAUUGUAUGUGCUGUAUAGGAGCAUGACUACAAACAUGCCUUGCAUUUCAGAAGUCAGGAGAACCCAGCCAACAAAACAAAACACACCAUAAACAUGGACAGGAAAUAGUCGGCAGGUCACACAGCAUUCACGGAGAGAGAACCAGGACUAACGUUUCAAGCUGAUGAUACUUUGAUCAAAAAUUAUGGCAGGGCUAUGUGUGUUAAUUGGAAGGGGGAGCUGGAGCGGCUGGGGGUAAAGCAGCCACAACUGUAGCUUGGAAGGUUUUGUGCAGUCCAGUUUAGAUGGGUGCCAUUUAUAUAUGGAUCUGAACCAACCUGUCCCAGUGCAGAGACUUAAUCUCCCUCCUUCCCAUCUGCCUAUCAGCCCUCCUCACCUGGAUCCACCCAUUGCUUGCUCCACCCUUUCCCCUCACCUCUUUAUACUGUCUCCCCCCACUCUCAGUCCUGAUGAAGGGUCUCGACCCUAAACAUCGACUGUCCAUUUCCCUCCACAGAUGCUGCCUGACCUGCUGAGUUCCUCCAGCAUCUUGCGCGUUGCUCCAGGUUCCAGCAUCUGCGGUCACUUGUCUCUGUCUUAAUUCCCCCCUUUUUUAUGGGUGUGAUGUUUUCUACCCAUUAUCAUGGUAUCUUUUUGGUUAUUUUUUAAACAAAGUGGAUGGAUGGUGCCCAGUAAAGCUGAUCAGGUCCUGUGACUUGAGUAAGAAAUUGGACAGCAGAGAUGGGUGGGAGAUGACCUUUCCCCACUGAUGCCGCCUGGCAGCAUCCUUAUUAUUGUGACUUGAGUUUCCUUGUUGGUAAGACUAACUAUUCUGGUCAUAGUCAUACAGCAGGGAUACAGGCCCUUUGGCUCAACCAGUCUGUGCCAACCACAGUGCCCACCCAGCCAGUCCCAAUUUCCAGCGUUCGGCCCAUAUCCCUCCAAGCCUCGCCCCUCCAUGUACCUGUCCAAGUGCUUCUUAAAUGAUACUGUUGUACUGUACCUGCCUCAGCCACUUCCUCUGGCAGCUCAUUCCAUAGACCCACCACCUCUGUGUGGAAAAAGUUGCCCCCUUUUUUAAAUCUCUCACCCUGAACCUAUGCCCCUCCAGUUUUCGGUUCCCCUACCCUGGGGAAAAGACCGUUACCGUCCACCAUUGGUGUUUGGGGAAGAUCUUGUGCGUGAACAUCUCUGCAUAAUCUUUGGUCAAAUGUUACUCGAGUGGAGCUCCCUCGUCUCUCUUGUGCAGGUGGCUGUUUGAUAAACAAUUUGGACCAAAUCAGUUGGGUUGAUUUUUGUUGUAAACCUCUCCGCAAGGUGGAAUUCCACUCAUUUAUACAGGAAUUUCACUCAACUUUAAUACUGAUAAUCCAUUGAUGCCCAUCUCGGAGGGGACCAGCUGUUGGGAAUGAAUUGUCCCCACUGGCUUCUCUGGUAUCUGGUUUUGUAUGUUAAAAAACCUCCUGCUGCUCUUGCUAUAAGAGUCAAUGUCUGAUUCCAUUGGGCUACCUCUCCCCACUAGGUGAUCCUGGUGUCGGUCUGUUUCUUUGUUGGUCAGUUCUGUUUGUCACAGACGUGACCCCCUUUUACAAUGAUAAAGGAGUGCACUGCUUUGUAAGACCACUUCAACUCACUGCCACUCUUCAAAAUGCAUUAAUGGCAAAUCACACAGCCACAAAUCUUAACGGGGCUCAAUGCUUCCCCCGCACAUCACGCCUGGAAGGACAGACUCUGGAGUUGGAAUAGUGUGUGGUAUCAUUUUGUUUCUCUGUAGCCCCCUCAUGUUCCUGCAUGACAAUUUUCUUUGCCCACUGGUGUGUGUCACUGAAAUUCUAGCAACAACUUUGUACAGUGGAACUCUGAUAAUCCAUCAUCCUUGGGACUUUGGUAGUGGAUUUGCAGAUUUUCCAGACUAGUGGAUGUUGCUCCUGUUAAUAUCCCAGCCCAGAUUUAAUUCAUUUUUACACAAUGGCGUAAUAAACGUUUCAGUGCACGGGUUAAAGAGAGCAUGGGGAACGCAACCCAGGAGCGUGGUAAACAGGACCCCGGUGAGCUUAAAGGGAUCCAUCUCCUUGUGAGCCAGAUGCCAGACAAUCGGAUAGCAGAUUAUUGGAAUUGUACCACGCUUAGUUGGAGAACCAUCAAAGCUGUUGAUACCCAUUUCCAUCACUUGUACGUUAAAACAGAUGCCAAUAUACGGACAAAUUCUCCUUUGAUUAGAGUUGAUCAGAAGGAGAAACCUUCUCAAUAUAUAUGCUCAGAUUUAAUAUAAAGAUUUAUAUUAAAAUAUUAUAAUUGUAAAUAUGGAGGUGUUUACAUAGUGAUUAUUUAUGUAUUUUCAAAUGUAUACAAGGACUACAAAGGAGACUAAAUGCACUUUGUCAAUUGCCAGUAUAUCACACCUAGCUAUCCUUAAAGAUGCUAAGUAAAAUGUAUGCUAAUAAACUCACAUUUUAUUCACCUGGAGA